AUGGGUUCAUGCACCUCAAAAGACCCUGCACAAGGCGGUAGUAAUUCCAAACCAGCUAAGUCAACUCAAGUGAGACGACAAGAACAAUCACAGGCUGUUAUUAAUCAGCAAUCGCAAAAUCCUUCAUCAUCUAAUCUACAUUCAGCCCAACAACAGCAACUGACUGGAUCUACUAAUGGACAUGAAAAAUCCAAUGGCUCUACUCUAGAUAACAAUGGACAAUCGGCAUUAAGUCUGACUAAUCAACAAAAUACGGGUAUUCCCAAUAAUGGCGGAAUGGCCAAUGGCACAGUGACAACUACUCCUAAUGGCAACGGCACAAUUUCCAAUGGCCAAACUGUCAACCCAGUUGAUGCCGCAGCCAAAUCAAACACAGAACACGAGGUCAAGGUAUUACUUUUGGGAUCCGGAGAAAGCGGUAAAUCCACAAUUGUAAAGCAAAUGAAGAUUUUGCAUCAAAAUGGAUAUACUCAAGAGGAAUUGUAUGAAUAUAAACCGUUUAUUUACAAGAAUGUCAUGGAUUGCAUCAAGAACGUCAUUAACGCUAUUAUUGACUUAGACCCGGAGUUGAUUAAACCGAAAGAAGGGGGUGUUAAUGAUGUCGGUGCUGGUGCUGGUACCACACCAACCGAAACCCAAGAUGCCCCAGAAGUUGUGAAUGGAACCUGGCGCAAGCAUGUACUUGACUACGAUUCUUUGAAUGAAGUAUUGGACUACGAAAUUUUGCUUGAUGGAACCAACGAUGCCGUAUUUGAUCCUUCAAUAGCGGAAAAAAUUGAACGAAUUUACAACACACCUGAAGUUAAAGACUUUAUGAUUCAUAAACAAGGACAAUUUUAUCUUAUUGAUUCUACAGAAUAUUUCAUGACAAAUUUGAAACGCAUUGCACAACCCGACUACGUGCCAUCUACAACCGAUGUGUUACGUACCAGAAAAAAGACAUCCGGUAUAUUUGACUUCGUUUUCGAUAUGGGCAAUGAUCUCCACAUUCACAUGUUUGAUGUUGGCGGACAACGAUCAGAACGUAAGAAAUGGAUUCAUUGUUUUGAUAAUGUUACCUUGAUCAUAUUCUGCGUCUCGCUUUCUGAAUAUGAUCAAGUAUUGUUGGAAGAAAAUAAUCAAAACCGGUUAGAAGAAAGUAUUGCGCUAUUUGAUUCAGUUGUUAAUUCCAGAUGGUUUGCCAGAACUAGUAUUGUGUUGUUUUUGAACAAGAUUGAUGUCUUUGCUGAAAAAUUACAAUAUUCGCCUUUGGAGACCCAUUUUCCUGAUUACACUGGGGGUAAUAACAUUAAUAAAGCGGCAAAGUAUAUUCUUUGGCGAUUUAAUCAAGUGAAUCGAUCAGGAUUGAAUAUUUAUCCUCAUGUUACUCAAGCCACCGAUACCAGCAAUAUCCAGUUGGUGAUGGCUGCUGUAAAGGAGACGAUCAUGGAAAAUACAUUAAAAGAUAGUGGACUUAUAUAA